AUGAGCAGGUAUUGGGUUCAGAGUUCUGCAACUCCGGGAAGUGUCAAACCGGUAUACGGAGCACAGUAUCCUCCGUUGACCAGUCAUGAUGACCCGAAAGACGGUUCAUUCCGUUCAGAUGAAACGCUAUCAAAUAAUAAUACGCAGCUUGGAUCGAAGUUCAAAAAGUAUGAGGAUAGUGUGUCAGAUGCGUGGGAAACAUCUGUCCGAGUUGAUGCGUUGGUAGCGUCGACGAGUGCCGCGAAGGUAUUAGAACAACACGCUGCGAUGAGACGUGAUCUUAUCAUGCCACCGGUCAAUCCAACACCUUCAAAAAACAGUAAAGUACAAGCAAUGCAACGCCUUGCCACUCAAAAAGAACCAAUUCCUGGUUCAGCUGUUCCAUGGCACAAUUCUGGCAUUGCCUCAGCAGCUGCAAGUGGUCUAUAUCCAAGAUUGCCUGAGGUGAGCACACAGUCUGAGAAUUUUAAAUGGAAUGCUGUCGAAAAUGCUUUUAGAAAUAUCGUCAAAGGUAAUAUUUGUCCAAGUUUAGGACGAGAUCGUGACCAAAACCGUUUUGAUCGCCUACGAGCACAGUUGGGAUUUCACUCAGAUCCAUCCGAUGAUGAUUAUUCACAUCCACCUCCAAAUGUUAGCGUAGAUCUGGAAUUACUAAAGAAAAACUGUUGGAUGGGUAUACCUCAUGUUUUACGUCCAAUCAUUUGGAGAAUUCUUUCGGGUUAUUUACCUACAAAUUUUGAGCGUCGUGAAGUGACGCUCACUCGAAAAAGACAAGAAUAUUGGCAUUAUGUUGAGCAGUAUUUUUAUACUCGUUUCGAAGAACAGCAUCAAGAUACGUAUAGACAGAUUCACAUCGAUAUCCCGCGUAUGUGUCCUUUGAUACCUCUCUUCCAACAGAAAAUCGUUCAAGAGAUGUUCGAACGUGUGCUAUAUAUCUGGGCGAUAAGACAUCCAGCCAGUGGUUAUGUUCAGGGUAUAAACGACCUCGUUACUCCGUUUUUUGUCGUCUUUCUUUCUGAAUUCAUUUCCGAUGACGCGGAAGUUGGUACAUACGAGGUGGACCAGUUGCCUCGUGAACAGCUCGAUGUUGUUGAGGCAGAUAGUUUUUGGUGUGUUAGUGCAUUACUUGAUACCAUUCAGGAUAACUACACAUUUGCUCAACCUGGUAUACAACGCAAAAUUGUACAGCUGAAACACUUGAUGAGUCGUGUAGAUCGUUAG